CUCUUUCGCAGGAACAUGUUGCGGUGAAAUGAAUGGGGAUACCGGCUGGUAAAAGUGCGUUUUGAUCUCUCAUCCCCAGCGGCCUGCCCACUGUAUUUCGAGGGGACUCCAUUCCGUGUAUUUCGAUUGACCGACCUGCGGAGUAGACCCGGCUUCUCUGUUGGACCUUAAUGAGAGGUGUGCCUCGUAGGGAGCGAUCGCUUUGCGGUUGCGGCUGCUUCCGCGAAGGUCAGACCCUGUUUAUCUUCUCAGCCUGAAUGAUGCCGAUGAACUUUAAUCGCACGGGGCUGCAGCACGACAUCUAUGGAUUCCUUUACAUUCCUAGAUAUUAUUAGAUUUCCUGGUGCCAGGGAUUGCUGACAACUCGUCGUGUCUGCAUGUAGACACCCAGCAGGGGAAUCGUAGGUUCUGCGACUCGGCCAACUCGCCCACAACCUUGGCUGUAGAGCCUGCCAGCCAUGGCGAAGAGCGCGGAAAUCAAGCUGGCUGUUUUUGGCAGAGCCGGCGUGGGGAAAUCAGCUCUUGUGGUGAGGUUUCUGACCAAGAGGUUCAUCUGGGAAUAUGACCCUACACUCGAGUCCACUUACCGUCAUCAAGCUGUUAUUGACGAUGAGUCUGUGACAAUGGAGAUCUUGGACACGGCUGGACAGGAGGAGAUGCUGCAGAGGGAGGGCCACAUGCGCUGGGGAGAUGGCUUCGUCGUUGUGUAUGACAUCACUGACCGUGGCAGCUUCGAGGACGUCGUGCCACUCAAGAGCCUCCUGGAGGAGGUGAAGAAGCCCAAGCAGGUGACCAUGAUGCUGGUGGGUAAUAAGGCCGACCUGGAACAUGCCCGGCAGGUGAGCACAGAGGAGGGCGAGCGGCUAGCGGCUGAGCUGUCCUGCGGCUUCUUUGAGUGCUCGGCCUGCACGGGCGAGGGCUCCGUCAGCGAGGCCUUCCUGGAGCUCUGCCGGGAGGUGCGGCGCCGCCGCAUGGUGCAGGGCAAGGCCCGCCGCCGCAGCUCCACCACCCACGUCAAGCAGGCCAUCAACAAGAUGCUCACCAAGAUCAGCAGCUAGAGGGCCACUGCGCCACCCCCCACCUGCCACGCUCACACAAAAACAGUUGGCGAGAGAAAUUCAUAGUAAGGCUGCACAUAAGUUUCCUUGGAGAUGAAUGGUGAACGAUUUCACUCAUGGGAUUGGAAAUAAACACAGGGCACCCACCCUUUCCUAAGAGCGCUCAUGAAGGCUUGUUGUGCAUGCUGAGCAGCGCCGUCAGAGAAAAAACCAGCAGAGAAACCACUUUGACAAAAAAGUUGACAAUCGAAGGAGACGUCUGCAAACUCAGCGGCAGUGCCAGGGUCUCCUCACUGCUUUGUUUUUUCUUCUCUGCGUACUCUGGCUAUCAC